AUGAUGCUCCGGGCCUUUUCAUGGACCUGUUUCCUUCUGGGACAAGUUCCACUCGUGUUUUCAAGUCCAUCGGGCUUGCAGGAAGUGUUCCAAGUGUAUCAGCCGGUGCCAUUCGCGCCUGAAAGCAACAAUGGUUGCGACGUGGAAGUUGUGCUCAUGGACCAUGUGUUUGGAGCAAGCUAUGGCAAGCCGUUUGUCGGCAAUUAUAACCCGCCAAAGUGCAAUUUUGACACCGUUCGUAUCAACUUCACUGUUGAAUCCCGAGGGAGACAGUAUGAUCGCCUCGCCCUGAUGUAUCUGGGCGAUUACGAGGUCUUCCGGACCUCAACGGCUGAGCCAACAAGUACAGGAAUUACUUGGACAUACAUCAAAGAAAUGUCGCAGUACAAUUCUCUCUGGCAGUCGCCCCAGAAACUGAUUUUUGACCUGGGCAACCUGAUCACCGAUGUGUAUACCGGCUACUACAACGCCACCUUGACUGCGCAUUUCUCUCAUACCGGGAAUGCAAAGACUGCAGACAUGAUCCUGCCCAUUUCGGCCAAGAAAUCGGCAUCCAAUGCAUCUAGUGAUUUUCAACUACCCGCUGACAAUGCCACGGUCCAGUACAAGAUCCCAGCCGAGGCAUCGCGGGCUGUUGUCUCCAUCUCGGCAUGCGGGCAAUCCGCAGAAGAGUUCUGGUGGGCCAAUGUUUUCUCCCAGGACACAUGGGACUUCAACAACACCAUCGGCGAGCUGUACGGAUACUCUCCUUUCCGAGAAGUUCAACUGUACAUUGAUGGCAUCUUGGCUGGUGUGAUCUGGCCAUUCCCAGUUAUCUUCACUGGCGGCGUGGCCCCGGGUUUCUGGCGACCAAUUGUUGGCAUUGAUGCCUUCGACCUUCGGCAACCCGAGAUUGAUAUAUCUCCGUUUCUGCCACUCGUUCAGGACGGCAAAGAGCACUCGUUUGAGAUUAGAGUUACCGGGCUGAACAUCACCGCGGAUGGCAUGGCGACAUUUGCUGACACCGUUGGAUCGUAUUGGGUCGUCACGGGCAAUAUCUUCUUGUACUUCGAUGGGACUUCAUCUCGCGUGGUUCACGAACACAACCCUCCCAAGAUCGAAGCGCCAGCACCAACGUUCUCCGUCAAGCGGCAUCUCGUUCAGAACCAAACCGGAUUCAACGAAACCUUGUCGUACUCCGUGAUGGCAGAGCGCACGUUCAAAGCAACCUCAUCCCAGUUCUCGUGGUCCCAGAAACUGUCGUAUUCCAAUCACGGUUAUCUCAAUCAGCAAGGACUCAGCCAAGUCAACGACCAGCACACCUGGGGCGAUAACACCAUCAGCGAGGUUGGGGAAAAGGGACGCUCGAGCAAGACCUCGUUCGAGUAUCCCCUGCUGGUGAAUAACACCUAUGCUCUGACCGCGAACAGCAUGACAAUCGACGCCUGGAUGAAGCGAGGACUGGAUAUCGACGCAGAUGAAGGACUGGGCAUAUCCACGUACACCUUUACCUCGGGCCCGGUACGCCUUCACACUAGUCAAGCAGGCUCGGCGCACUAUCAGUCGGUUGACAACCAGAACUCGACGUCGUCGGGUGAUACGGUCGAUGAGUUUGAGGGCAGCUCGGACGGUCAGGCAUAUAAACGGUCCGUACGGGCGGUGAAUGGGAGUGUGGUGGCUGAUACCAAUCCUGGAAAUGGGGCAUCAGUGUCUUCUCAUUCUCCAGAUGUUAAGCUUCUCAAUGGGUUGGGGAGAGAUAGCGUGAGAAGUAUGCUGGGCAGAGGGCCGGGGGCUAAGUAG